CUAUUCAAGCAAACGUCAUUUCCUCAAUAGGCAAGUGAUCGCAAGUCAGCAGCUGCUCGCGUCGGAGUUUACUAUAUAUGGGCAAGGCCAGGCAUACCGAGAGUGGCGUUUGCUUCCGUGUUUGUGCGAUUAGCAGUCUAGACUAGCCGGUGGAUCAUAGAGGUUUGGUGUUUCAUUCAUUCGGAGGAAUUAAUACAAAAUCAGCGAACAUGUCAUAUGAAUUGAAGCAUGUGUUUGCCAGCCUCCCGCAGAUGGAACGAGGAGUCGCCAAAGUCCUAGGUGGCGAUCCCAAAGGCAACAACUUCCUCUAUACCAAUGGAAAGAGCGUCAUAAUCAGGAACAUUAACAACCCUGCCAUAGCUGAUAUCUACACUGAGCACCCUCAUCAGGUUACUGUCGCCAAGUACGCCCCCAGUGGCUUCUACAUUGCUUCUGGAGAUGUGUCUGGUAAGAUCCGUAUCUGGGACACUACCCAGAAGGAACACCUGCUGAAGUAUGAGUACCAGCCUUUCGGGGGGAAAAUCAAGGACAUCGCAUGGACUGAGGACAGCAAAAGGAUCGCUUGUGUGGGAGAGGGACGUGAGAAGUUUGGGGCUGUGUUCCUGUGGGACACUGGCUCCUCUGUGGGAGAGAUCUCAGGCCACUCCAAAGUCAUCAACAGCGUGGAUAUCAAGCAGACUCGCCCCUAUCGUCUGAUCUCCGGAAGCGAUGACAAUUGUGGAGCCUUCUUUGAGGGACCACCUUUCAAGUUUAAGUUCUCAAUCACAGACCACAGCAGGUUUGUCAACUGCGUGCGUUUCUCUCCAGACGGGAACCGCUUUUGUACGGCUGGCGCUGACGGUCAGAUCUUCCUGUACGACGGAAAGACUGGUGAGAAGAUUUGCGCUCUGGGCGGAGCCAAGGCCCACGAGGGAGGAGUCUAUGCCGUGAGCUGGAGCCCUGACAGCUCCCAGCUCAUCUCUGCCUCGGGCGACAAGACGGUGAAGCUGUGGGACGUAGGCACCAGCACGGCCCUCACCACCUUCAACAUAGGUGCCGACGUCAUGGACCAGCAGCUGGGCUGCCUGUGGCAGAAGGACCACCUGCUCAGCGUCUCCCUGUCUGGCUACAUCAACUACCUGGACAAGAGCAACCCCGACCGGCCGCUCCGCACCAUCAAGGGUCACAGCAAAUCCAUUCAGUCCUUGACGGUUCACAAAAACGGGGGGCGUUCUUACAUCUACUCGGGCAGCCAUGACGGCCACAUCAAUUACUGGGACGCGGAGACCGGGGAGAACAACGACUUCUCAGGGAAGGGCCACAGCAACCUGGUCACCAAGAUGGCUGUGGACGAUGCUGACCAGCUGGUGACCUGCAGCAUGGACGACACGGUUCGCUUCACCAGCGUGACCAAGAAAGAGUACAGUGCUUCCAACCUGGUAAAGAUGGAUGUCCAACCUAAACAUGUGUCAGUAGCAGCAGGGGGGCUCGCUUUGGCUGUGUGCAUCGGACAGGUGGUGUUUUUGAAGGACAAGAAGAAGGUGUUCACGCUGGACAGUCUGGACUACGAGCCGGAGGCAGGAGCAAUCCACCCAGGGGGCAGCACUGCGGCAGUGGGCGGGGCAGAUGGAAAGGUCCGCUUGUAUUCUGUCCAAGGCAACACUCUGAAGGACGAGGGGAAGAGUGUGGAGGCCAAGGGGCCAGUCACCGACAUGGCCUACUCCAAAGAUGGCGCCUACCUGGCCGUCACUGACGAGAAGAAGGUCGUCACAGUCUUCACAGUGGCAGACAAUUACUCGGUCAAAAAUGAUUUUUAUGGGCACCACGCAAAAGUGGUCACCCUGGCCUGGUCUCCCGACAAUGAGCACUUUGCCAGUGGUGGGAUGGACAUGAUGGUCUAUGUUUGGACAGUGAAUGAUGCAGACAAGAGACUGAAGAUCCCAGAUGCCCACAGGUUGCACCACGUCAGUGGCCUGGCCUGGAUAGAUGAGCACACUCUAGUGACCACCUCCCAUGACGCCAGCGUCAAGCAGUGGACUCUUAAAUUCUGAUCGUCACAAGACUGGAUCAUUAGGGACAAGGACUACUGUAGACCUCUCUCUCCCUUUUACUUUCUGUAUCUAAUUGAUGGUCUCUUGUCAGCAACCCCUGAAAUAGUCAGUCUGUCAUUGUAGGGAAAAGCUCCUAUUUAAAACAAAGUCCCAAUGCUGUUUUAUUCUUUUGAAGCUUCUAAAUGAUUAACUAAUCCAUGAACAAAGAAAAGGACCCAAAUAGCAGCGCUUGAUCUCUUGAGCUUUUCUGAUCAAGCGAACCAAUUUUAAGAUCAACAUUCCAGAGGCAACAACAGCCUUAUCUCAGUUCAAACUGAAAUGCCUGUCCUGUGUGGUUGGAGGGUCAUUUCAUCUCAACUCAGGGAAUUAAAUGAAAUUCAAUUUAUGAAUUGAAUUAAGUCCCUAUUGAAAAUAAUGGAGGUAUAUUUUGGUUACAAUCCUGAAUGGCGUUGAGAAUGAAUGGCCCUCCGACUGUGCUUGCCUGUUAGUUUAUGUUACCAUUUGUAUGGGGGUGGGUAUUUAGUUCUCUCGUUUUUCUUUGACUCCAUAAUUUGUUGUAAUUCACAAUUUCUAGUUGGAACAAAUAUGGUUGGUAGAGCAAUAAUAGGAACUUUAAACAACAAAGAAAUGAAUCAUGUAUUCAAAGAAGCUCCUGUACUGUUGCCGUGUGUUUUGCCUCACGAUGCUCCCAUGUCUCACUUUUUAUUACAUAUUAUUUUGAUGCUUCCACUUUUUUUUUCUUUUCUAAGGGUGGAUAUGAUUCAUAAUAUUAAUGACAAAAAUAAAUUUUUAUGCAUUUUUAGCAA